CGGACCGCUUGCGCCAGUGACAACAUCCCAAUAUCUUUGUCCAUAGUCCUCCAUAAUGGUACAAUUAUUCACCCGGGCGAGACCAUCCAUAUCCGCAAAGGCUCUUAUGUGCACAUUCCCAUCGAGGCUUCGAACUUUAGCACUGACAUCUGGGGCAAGAAUGCAAGAAUAUUCAACCCUGAUCGCUGGGUUUCUCUGCCUCACACCGCACGAGCUCCCUCGCAUCCAGGAAUCGCGAACCUGAUGACAUUCUCAUUCGGUCCACACGCUUGUCCAGGCUGGAAGUUCUCAAUGUUGCAAACCAAGAUAUUCCUUGCGACUCUCACCCCUCAUUUUGUUUUUGAGCCU